GGAGGAAUGUGGGAGCCUAGCAACGGGCAAUGUGGCCCGAGCUUGGGGCCCUGUUGGGGGGCACCAGUGGACAGCUGGGCCGCACUGUUUUUCAACCCUGGGGAGGCCUGGGACCCUGGCUCAAACUGAGGGACCCAUGUCGGGGUGCUUGGGCCCACACAUUUCGUCAGGAUAGUCCUAGCAGUGGCCUGGGUGAGGAGGACAUUCGCAGGGCAAGAGAGGCCCGGCACAGGAAGACUCCCACCCGGCCCCAGCUGAGUGGUCAGUCUCGAGAACGCAAGGUGCCAGCUUCCCGCGUCAGCCGCUUGGCCAACUUUGGGGGACUGGCUGUGGGCCUGGGGCUGGGAGCACUGACCGAACUGGCCAAGAAGUCCCUGCCAGGAGGAGCCUCGCAAGCAGGUUCCAGCCUUUUCCUGUCAGAGGCCAACGCCGAGCGGAUCGUGCAGACCUUAUGUACCGUCCGAGGAGCGGCCCUGAAAAUCGGCCAGAUGCUCAGCAUCCAGGACAACAACCUCCUGAGCCCCCAGCUGAAGCGCAUCUUUGAACGCGUCCGCCAGAGUGCCGACUUCAUGCCCCGCUGGCAGAUGCUGAAAGUUCUUGAAGAGGAACUGGGCCAUGACUGGCAGACCAAGUUGGCCUCCCUGGAAGAAGUGCCAUUUGCUGCUGCCUCCAUCGGGCAAGUGCACCAGGGUGUGCUGAAGGAUGGGACAGAGGUGGCCUUGAAGAUCCAGUACCCGGGUGUGGCCCAGAGUAUCCAGAGUGAUGUCCAGAACCUUAUGGCUGUGCUAAAGAUGAGCAUGGCCCUGCCUGAAGGCCUGUUUGCGGAGCAGAGCCUGCAGGCCCUGCAGAAGGAGCUGGCCUGGGAAUGCGACUACCAGCGCGAGGCGUCCUGUGCCAGGAAAUUCCGGCAGCUGCUGGCCGAUGACCCCUUCUUCCGGGUACCAGCCGUGAUUCAGGAGCUGUGCACAAAGCGGGUGCUGGGCAUGGAGCUGGCAGGAGGGGUCCCCCUGGACCAGUGUCAGGGUCUCAGCCAGGACAUCCGAAACCAGAUCUGCUUCCAGCUACUGAGGCUGUGCCUGCAAGAGCUGUUUGAGUUUCGCUUCAUGCAGACUGACCCCAACUGGGCCAACUUCCUGUACGACGCCUCCAGCCACAAGGUGACCCUGCUGGACUUUGGUGCAAGCCGGGAGUUUGGAACUGAAUUCACAGACCAUUACAUCGAGGUGGUGAUGGCCGCAGCCAAUGGAGACAGAGACCGAGUCCUGCAGAAGUCUCAGGACCUCAAAUUCCUCACGGGCUUUGAGACCAAGGCAUUCUCCAACGCCCACGUGGAGGCGGUGAUGAUUCUGGGGGAGCCCUUUGCCUCGCAGGAACCCUACGACUUCGGGGCUGGCGACACCGCCCUCCGGGUGCAGGGCCUCAUCCCCGUUCUGCUUCGGCACCGCCUCCGCCCGCCCCCGGAGGAGACCUACGCGCUGCACCGCAAGCUGGCAGGGGCCUUCCUGGCCUGCGCCCACCUCCGGGCCCGCAUCGCCUGCCGGGACCUCUUCCAGGACACCUACCACCGCUACUGGGCCGGGCGCCAGGCCUGAGCCGCUGCCUGCAAG